ACCUAACGAACACUUGCUCGUCUCAGUUGCGGGAAAUCCACCAGAGCGAUCGCACAGAACUUGUGUGGUGGAAGUUAUCUAUUCACCGUCUCUUGGCUUUUCGAAGAGAACUUUUUUCCAGUCUCGUGGGUCUCAAGACGCAAAUACAAUGACGGCUUUAUUACCAGGCUUUUUCGUGAUGUGGUCGAUAGCCAUUAAUAACACAGAACUAUGUAAUGAAACCAACGGGCGCGAUGGAAACGAGACGUGGAUCGCGACGGGCGAGAGCGUGGUCUUCUCCUCCCCGAACUUCCCUUCGAGUUACGGAAGCGACGCCAAGGACUGGGUGUUCUGCGCAGCCGACCCCAAUGGAAGGCUGAAGAUUGACUGCGGCGAGUUCGAAGUUGGCUGGAAGUUCUUGUUCUGUUUCAACGACUUUCUCUUAAUAUCAGCUGACAGCUCUCUUAAGUCCAUGUAUUGCGGAGACGAUGGGCCUCAGUCUGUCAUUACAACCGGACGCGGAACAGCAGUCUGCCUCAUCCCUUCGGGCGCAAGCGACUCGAAGGGCUUCAACUGCACCGCCACCGCCCUCCCGCCCAGCCUGGACGAGGAGACGACGACGCUGGCCAAUUAAUGCGAAGAAAUCUCCCACGUAGCUGUUCGCAUAGAAGUGCGUGCGGACAACUACACAGGCAGCAACUUGUAGUCCUAGUUUAGGGUUUCUCUGGAGCCAGAAAAGAAGUAUUGAGUGGUAAAAAUGAUGUAGAAAAGCAAUUAUAUAGAUUAGGCUUAAAUGAGGCUUAACACGGCCUAUAAACACAAAAUGUUCCUCUAUUUAUAUAGUUCACUAUUUCUAGCUUCUUGUCGAAAAGAGAAACUGUAGGUAUGUUGUACUGUUAUUUAAUGUGUUUAGCAGUGUUUCCUUAGACAUCAAAAAUAAAACAGCUUAUGAUCAUAAAAUAGCUUUGUUUUAGACAUGUAACACUUUUAUUUGAUGUGACUGGCACUGAUUCCUUGAACAUCAAAUACAUUUUCAACGUAAUUAUGAA